ACCCUUUAUAGUUUUGAUAGCAUACUACUUGCUACAAACAAGUUCAGCACGACAAGUAAACUUGGGCAAGGAGGGUUUGGCUCUGUUUAUAAGGUAUGGCCAUUCUGCAGGACAUUGUCAAUGAAAAUAUUUCAAGGUCUUAAAGCUAUGUGAAUUGCGAAACAGGGGAAGCUGAAAGAUGGGAAAGAGGUAGGUGUGAAAAGACUUUCCAGUACCUCAGCCCAAGGCGUUGAAGAGUUCAAGAAUGAGAUCAUCCUUAUAUCGAAACUCCAACAUCGAAAUCUUGUUAAACUCAUGGGUUACUGCAUUGAAGGAGAAGAAAAGAUUUUGGUAUAUGAGUACUUGCCGAAUAAAAGCUUGGACACCUUUCUUUUUGGGGAUUGCAAGGGGGCUGCUCUACCUCCAUCGAGAUUCUUGCCUUAGGGUCAUACAUCGAGACUUGAAAGUAAGCAACAUUCUCUUGGAUGAAAAGAUGAACCUCAAAAUUUCAGAUUUUGGGCUAGCACGAAUGUUUGAGGGCACUCAAGUUUUGGUGAACACUCAAAAAAUUGUUGGAACACUUGGUUAUAUGUCUCCUGAGUAUGCCAUGGGUGGAAUAUUUUCCGAGAGGUCUGAUGUCUAUAGCUUCGGAGUGUUGCUACUAGAGAUAGUAAGUGGCAAAAAGAACACGUCCCUGUAUGACCAGGGAUAUCUGAAUCUCCUUUCCUACGCAUGGCAAUUGUGGAGUGAUGGCAAAGCAUUGGACCUAAUGGAUGUAGCAAUGGUUGUUAGCUCUCCUUUGGAGAUAACAAGAUGCAUCCAUGUUGGGCUUCUCUGUGUUCAGGACCAUGCCACGGAUAGACCAAACAUGUCGAAUGUGGUUCUGAUGUUAAGUGGUGAGUCAGAUCUUCCUCAGCCGAGGCAACCUAUGUUCACUUUCCAAUCUGAAAUGCCAAAUCGUUCUAUUCCAUCACAGCAAGAAAGCAUCUGGUCUGUUAACACUAUCACUAAUACAAUGGUCGAAGGAAGAUGAUGACCAUUUAUAUUCAUUUUUAUUUUCCCUUUUUUGGAGAUGACUUUGUUGUUAUUUUUUAAGAUUUUAGUGUUAAUUCAAUUCAAGGAUGGCUUUAGUCCACUCUGAACAAA